AUGCCACCCCCCGUCGGCAGAUACGGGCCUUCUGGUCUAGCCGCCCCAUAUUCCCUCCAACAAGCUCAACUUCAGUCCCAACAUCACCCACAAUCAGCAAACGCCCUCCCGCCCCCUUCACUCGGUGGCCACCCCGGUUUCGCUGGGAAUCCCAACACCAAUAUGAACCCCUUCACUCUCUCUGGUGCCGGCAUGGCCAACGGUAUGUCAGCUGCUGGCUUUGCUGGCGUUGGAGGUGAUGGCGGUGGCACCGGUCUUGCUAGCCAUGCAGCUCAGAUGGGCUUCGCGCGUGGAGCUCAGAUGCAGCAACAGCAAUUACACCAGGGUCACGAUGGACGGUUAGCCCUUGACUCGAAGACCGGUGCGGUCAAAUCGCGGAUACGAGAUGUGUGGAAACACAACCUGGCCCACGAGAUGGCUGUGUUGAGGUCGUUGGUGGAUAAAUACCCUUACAUUAGCAUGGAUACCGAAUUCCCAGGAAUCGUCGCACGACCGAUCGGCCAGUUCACGAAUAAGGCAGACUACCACUACCAGACCCUCCGAUGCAACGUCGACUUGUUAAAGAUGAUCCAGUUGGGUAUUACACUGUUCAAUGAGGAUGGGGAAGUGCCUCCGCUCUCUGGAACCGACGCAAAUGGUCAACCUUACGGCAUGCCCGCACCUUGCACAUGGCAGUUCAACUUCCGCUUCUCAUUGGAAAACGAUAUGUACGCCCAAGAUUCGACCACCAUGCUCGCUAAAUCUGGAAUCGAUUUCAACAUGCACGAUAAGAAUGGAAUUGACCCCUUUGAGUUUGGCUCCUUGCUGAUCAGUUCUGGUCUGGUUCUGCUGGAUGACGUUCACUGGGUCUCCUUCCACUCCGGCUACGAUUUCGGAUACUUGAUGAAAAUUAUGCUUUGCACAGCCCUACCUGAGAACGAGGAGGAGUUCCACAAGCUUCUCACCAUCUUUUUCCCCUCCCUCUAUGAUAUCAAGUACCUCAUGAAACACGCUGGCCGCAACCAGGCCGUUAAUGACUCUCCCCUCACUCAAGCCGCUGCACAAAUUCUCACGAACCUUGGCCAAAAGUCUGGUUUGCAGGAUAUCGCGGAUGAGCUGGGUGUCAAGCGCGUUGGGAUCGCCCACCAAGCAGGCUCCGAUUCCCUCGUCACCGGUGAAAUCUACUGGAAGAUGCGCCAGUUGGUUUUUAACGGCGCGAUUGACGACAGCAAGUACUCCGGGCAGAUCUGGGGAUUGAAUGGACAAAUGCCCGCAAUGAGCUACCAUAUGGCUCAGCAAACACCAAACUUGAAUGGAGCAUCUAUUUAUUCAGCCGCAGGUACCCCGAGCACCCCCAACACAGGGCAUAUCGGGACCGGUGCCCACACGCCGCAACAUGGCUUCCCGACACCGACCGGGUUCGCUACCGGUAAAUCAUGA